AUGGCAGGCCACGGCGGGCGCGGAGGCUUCCAGAUGUCGGACGGGGACUGGGCCUGCCCCAAUCCUGGCUGCUCCAACAUCAACUUUGCGCGUCGAAAUGCGUGCAAUCGCUGUCAGACUCCCCGACCCGAAGGAGUGGGCGGCGAUAAGGCCAAAACCAAAGGAGGAACCGACUUCCGAGGUCCCCCGGGGCUUUUCCAGCCUGGAGAUUGGACGUGCAUCACAUGUGGUAAUGUGAAUUGGGAGCGACGCACCGAGUGCAAUAUGUGCAAAAGCUCCAAGCCAGGGAUGGCAGGACUGGACGAGAAACGCGAUGGUGCCGGUGGUGGCUUCAACGAGCGUCAGGAACGAGUCGCAUCGGCUAAAACGGAGGUCGGGGAAGAUGGCUACGAUGAUUUUGGCAUGCGGAAGAAGAAAGUGAAAGCGUCCAAAGCUGAGCGUGAGGCUGCAGCACUCGCUCGUCUGCAGCAGUCGUACAGCGCCAUUUACCAACCACCCCAAAGCGCAACCGAAUUGCCAUCGACUACUUCAGUACCCGCAUCCAAGGAGGUUAGAGAAGAAGUGACAGGCAAUGCCUCGCAGGACCACGACCGUCGUGACAGCGAGAAGCGGCGACGCAUCCGUUCACCAGCAGCGACCAGUGCGCGCAGUCGCAGUCGAGACCGACGUCGUCGCAGCCCAAGCUGUGAAAAGAGGGACCGACGCAAUCGUAGUCCUGUAGGCCGGAGCCGAGACCGACGCCAUCGUAGUCGAAGCCGCGAUCGCAAUGAGAACCGAGAACGAGACCGUGAUAGGCGUGAUAGGCGCUAUUGGUGA